AUGAUCCAGCUGACACAGGAAGCCUUGCUAGCCUUGAUACGAGACGCGUCUACACGAGCUGCGGCUCAAGCCGUGGCCCAAUUUGUGGCGCAACAACCAGUGAACCCGCCCCCUCCUUCCCCUCGUAGAAGUCGAGAACUAUCCUCGGCUCCCGAGGAAUGGAGCCCAUUUGCCUCCAACAUUCGGGCAGAGGCGCUCCCAGCUGGUCUCAAGGUGUCGAAUCUGUCGGAGUAUGAUGGAACGGGAGACCCACAAGAACACUUAGACAAAUUUUACGCCAAGAUUGAUUGGUACGAUCUAAGUGACGCCGCUUACUGCAAGGUCUUCCGCACUACGCUGUCAAAACGCGCAUUAGCCUGGUUCAACCAACUGCCCGCUGGAACUAUUUCUAGCCUUGAGCAAUUGGUUCAACGUUUCUUGCACCACUUCUCCAUGAACAAAAAGGUCCCAAAGACGGCGGCAUAUCUAUUUACUAUCCGUCAGAGGGAAGGCGAGACUCUGAGAGAUUUCAUGCAAAGGUUCGUAGAUGCAGUGCAUGAGGUUCCUCAUGUUAACCAAGAGUUGUUAGCUAGUAUUCUCCAACAGAAUCUACAACCGGGAAGAUUCAAAGAGUCUAUAGCAGGCAAGCCCCCUAGCGCUAUGGAAGAUUUACUCGUGCGCUCCCAGAAAUACAUCCGGAUUGAGGAGUCUAAUGCUUUGGAUCCUUUCCUUAGCGGCAAAAGGAAGGGUCGAGAAGAGGAAAAAGAGCCGAAAAAGAAAGAGGAACGCAAGCAUGUGCCUCCGGCGGGGUUUGCUCACUAUACCCCCUUGAAUGCUCCCAGGAGGGAGAUAUUAAUGGUGGCGGAACAGCAAGGGUUAAUCAGUCAAUGGCCGACAAAGAUGAAAGAUAACCCCAAGAGACUCAAAUCCGACAAAUAUUGUCGUUUUCACCGAGACAGGGGACACACGACGGAGGAAUGCCAUCACCUGAAGAAUGAGAUAGAAAAAUUGAUCCAGCGGGGACACUUAAAGGAGUAUGUCAACCACUAUGCACAAGGACGCAAUUUUGACCGUGGGCCGAAUGUGCAAACUCCUCGUGACGAUAACUAUCCCACCGCAGGAGUCAUCCUGUGA